GACGACAGACGGAGCCGCUUUGGGCAGCGCGGGCUGCAACGGUCGAUUUUCAAAAGGAAGGUGGGCAUGGUCGUCGUCUUCUGUGGUGGUUGUCCACAUAUGAAGGUCGAGCGCCCCUGUCCCGGGCAUGUCGGAACACACAUCUGCAGUGGUCAUGUGCGAGGGCGGCUGCAUAGGUGAAUUUCAUGGCCGACGUGCGGAGGAGAUUGACUCUGCUGGUACUCGCUGUCGUCGUCUUCCUGAUUGUCAUCUUCCUCCACGUGUGUUUUUCGUGGCGGCCGUGGAAACAACAACGCAAGAGGAGGGCUUCGACGAGAAGGGCGGCAGCCGAACGUCUAACGGCAGGCAUGCAGGCACGACCGGCUGCUACCGCAGGUCAGGGAGGAGUUCGAUCUUCUGCGGCGGAGCCUCGAAGGCGGUACAACCCGUCCAUGUACACCCAUCUGGAGCCGUGGGACACGCCAUUGCCCCCGUCGAACGAGGAGCCGGAGAAGGAAGAACUUUCGACGUUGCCUCUCUCUAGCGGCUCGACUCAGUUGUGGUCGCAGACGGUGCGAGCAGGCGGGUCGGCUCUCGACGAAGGGGGCGAGUUCACGUCAUUGCUGCAUCAAGGUUUGCGGGACGACGACGACAGAGGAAUUGAUCUGAGGUUCGGGUUGUGUUCUGGCGGCGGCAGGGAGGCGAGCCGUACGUUCAUCAUCGACGGAGAUCGUUCGGCACUUGGCAUUGAGCAUGGUGGAAGUCUGCAUAUGGAGCAGUCCACACUUCGUCGCGCUGCACCCGUGACUAGUGCGGUCGGGCCAUCGCCAGCGGGACGGCAGCAUGGAUCGACUGCUCCGUCCGUCGAUCGAUUGACACGGACCUGGCCCGCACCCCCCGGGGUAGCAGCAGGGCCCCUGCGCAUGGGCGGUGCACGUUCGCUGAUGCCUGCGUGCACAACACCGAUCGAAUCCGGACUGAGGGACGAGGGAACGUGCAGAGCGCCGGUACGUCCACGACCCACUGUGGAGAACAUAACACGUGGAGGGUCGAACAUGCGGGCACACAGCGAUGGAGGCGAAGACGACGUUGGAUUCGGUGACGACGCAGACGAAGGGAUGAGGGAAGACGUGGAAGCGGGGGACGACGACGACGACGUUCCAAUUCGGCCUUUGGGGAAGGCAGCGGGGAGGGGGAGAGGACGCGGCAGAGGUGGUGUCUGUGGUCGAUCCGUUGCCCGUGGAGGCAGAGGUGGCGUGAGUGACGACGCCGGAAAGUCUCCGACGUACUGGUCUGCAGAAGACCAAAUGCUCCUGGUGCGAUGCAAGCGGGAGCAAGAUAUGCACCUCGCCGGCUUGUCUCAUAAUUACGGGCGGAUGAAGACGAAAGAGUGGAAGUGGGAGGACAUGUCGAAGCGGAUGGCGAAUGCGGGGAGGCCGAAGGACGCUGACGACUGCAUGAAGAAGUGGGACAAUCUGCUGACGAACGAAGAGAGGAAGGAGCACAACUUUACGUUCCGGAUGGACAGGGCGCUGUACAACGAGAUCCACGCAGGCAUGGUGGGGAACCACACGAUUUUCCCUCCCAACGUUGCCGACACAGGCAGUCCGGAUGGGGUGCAGCUGCCCAGGCGAGGAGCGGGUGGCGGGGAGUCUGUUUGUAGUGAGGCGGCCGGUGAAGGCUGCCCUGACGAGCGUUCUUCUGCGAGGGAGUCCGACAGCAACGUAGGCAGCGGGGCGGGAGGCGGGAAGCGGAAGAAAGCGCGCCAACAGGCAUUCGAGUCCAUCUUUGAUGUCAUGGAACGCCAUGGCGCACUGAUGUCGUCCACGAUCGAAUCGUCUAGCAAGCGGCAAUGCAGCACCUUCACGAGGCAAUGCGACAUAUUGGAGCAGGAAAUUGUCGUCCAAAAAACGCACUAUGCGGCGUCCGAUGAGAUGCAAAGGAUGAUGUGCCACACACUGUUGGAGAUCGCUGCCGCCAUUCGUGGUCGGUCGUCCAUUGUUGCGCAUCCGGAGCCGCAUAAAUGUCGUCCGCACGAGGGUGAUUCCACAACGCUUCUCGCCGUGCCAGCUGCACACUUCCCGCUGCGCAUCUGCAGUGCCACAACGCUUCUCGCCGGGCGCGCUGGUAGGUUCCCGCCGCGCAUCUGCAGUGCCACAAUGCUUCUCGUCAGGCGCGCUGCAAGGUUCCCGCCGCGCAUCUGCAGUGGCACAACGCUUCUCGUCGGGCGCGCUGCAAGGUUCCCGCCGCGCAUCUACAGUGCCACAACGCUUCUCGUCGGGCCAGCUGCACACUUCCCGCCGCGCAUCUGCAGUGCCACAACGCUUCUCAACGUCAUCGCUUCCGCUCUUCUGGCAGUCAAUCUUCUCGCCGCGGAGCACUCCCGCCAUCGCGAAGGACAGGUCCGAGCGCUACACCGAGAUCGCUUGUGGGGGUCCCCAGCAAGCAUGUCUGCUCGAUUGAACGCCCGUGGCAAGAAGCGCGAUGUCGCGUUUGAUGAAACCCAAGCCCAGGGGAAAGGUCGUCGGCACGUCCCGAAGGCGAAGAGGCCACGUUUGGAUGAUGCGUCAGCAAGCGUGCCGCAUCGUGGUGCGCGAGGUUGGUCGCAGCCGGCGGAAGAGGACAACGACGAUGAUUUCAUGACGGAGGACGAUCAAGGCGAGGCGACGGCAUCUGCAGGACGGGAGCUCGCGACGUCGCGCUUGACGAAACCCAAGCCCAGGGGAAAGGUCGGCGGCACGUCCCAAAGGCGAAGAGGCUACAUUUGGAUAAUGCGUCAGCAAGCGUGCCGCAUCGUGGAGUGCGAAGUUGGGCGCAAGCCGCAGAAGAGGACAACGACGAUGAUUUCACGACGGAGGACGAUCAAGGCAAGGCGACGGCGUCUGCAGGCGGGAGAGUGUCAGGCAGCGUACUCCGGAUCAGAGCGCUUCGAAGAGGAUGUUAACCCCUCCGCCGGAGGCCGGAGGCCGGAGGCGCAGCAGCUGCGUGUCCGCCAAACGUGGAAAGAGAAGGGUGUUGUGGUGGACCUUGGCGGCGAAGACGACGAGCCUUUGGAAAAACGUCGCCUGCACAGUGCGACACAAGCGACCACAGCGGCGGUGUCGACGGCUCGCGUUGCGGAGGAUGAAAGGCCGAUCACAGGUUCACUGCCCUGCACGCCGUCUCAUCCGCGUCAGCGCAACGACGGUGUUGACGGUGCGUCUCGCCAACGAGGUGGUGGUGGGGGAGUCGUGGCAGACGCGCGUGCAGUAGGGGGUGAGGCGGCAGGUGGCGCGGGUGUGGCUGUUGCAGGUGUUGUCCCUCCCGUUCAGACGGCGAGAGAGGAGGCUGCAGUUCCGGCGACAGUGAGAGAGGAGGGUCAUGGACAGAACACGAACCAACGGGAUGGCGGCGAGGCCGCUUCAAGCCGGGCACGCAGGGGAGUCAUGACGAAAGUCCUUAUCGACCGUGCGCUUCUUUGGGUGGAUGACAAAGCUUUCUGGACGACGGGUGAAGGACGCAGACUUUACAACGUCGUCCACGAAACCAAAGAGUACUUCCUCGCCAUCGCCUGCGGGCUUCAGCCACCUGAACUUCCACGGAGCGUUGUCGUCCCCAAAUCCAACACGAGGGUGGCGAGGAUCGCAGACCAAUCACAGCUCCAGCAAGCGAUCUCCCAUGCGGCGGCGGUGGAGAAUAUAGCUCUUCGCAUCUUGCACGGCUGGGUUUUCAAGUACGGGAACCGCCCAAGGGGGUACCACCUUGCUUUCCAGUACUCGUUGGAGUCCGUAGCGACGGACAUUCGCGUGCAAUGUGGUACGGCGAGGAGUGGCGCAACGUCGUCAGCGCGCCGAUGUGCGCCCACACGAUAGAUCUGAACAUGGACCUUCCACUGUGUGUCCUUGUCUGCGCUUCACUUGUUCUUGUUCUUCGUAUUGGCUUCACGACAUGCAAGAGACAUGCGUUGAUCACGGAUUGAGAGAAUGCAUGUCGGCAUUGUACAGAAGCAUGUUGCACAUGUCAUCCCACCACAACAGCACACGAAACCGGUCAUGGAAACUGAAAUGAAGAUAUGCACAAAAAACCGAUAAAGAUAAACAACAUUUCCAUAG